CAUAUUUGUCGGCUAUUUAUACAAACGGGACGCCGACCAGCACCAUUCGAACUGUAACCGGCGCGCGCUCACCCGCUAUCGAUCAACAUAUCACCGUGUGUGCUUCACAUCGUAAAACUAAAUGAUUGGUUGACAUUUUGACAGUGAAUUACGUAAAUCGAUUGACAUUAGUGAGAGUUUAUGGGGGGCAACAGUUUAAGGACAACCUUGAGUUGAAAGUGUUGUAAUAUUGUGUUUACUAGUCGCGGACUUUCCUCGGCGGGACUUAUUUCUACUCUACCUGACUGCGCGGAAAGUUCAAAAUGGCAGCGGACUUCUCGUAUGCGAAUGCGAGUGUGGAGAAUGCCUUGAGUGGCUUUGUCGGGGACCAGCUAAAAGGGUUAGGUCGGAUGUUCUACAUGGUUUCGCCAAAAGACACGAUGUAUGAACACAAAGAAGAUGUACCCAAUUUCUUCAGACAGUCGUGGCCAUACUUCCUGCUGUUCAUGGUGCUGGAGCACUACGUGCUGCGGCUGGAGGGCAAGAAGGGCAUCCGCCUGAACGACGGCGUCACCAGCAUCUCGCACGGACUGUUCCAGGAGUGCGGAAGACUGAUCUGGAGGGGAGGAGAGUCGUACCUAUACACCUGGAUCUACAGCAACUACCGGCUGGUGGACCUGCCCUGGGACAGCACCCUCACCUGGUACGCAGCCGCCAUCGGGGUCGACUUCUGCUACUACUGGAUGCACCGGGCGUGCCACGAGGUCCACAUACUGUGGGCCCAGCACCAGGUGCACCACACGUCGGAAGACUUCAACAUGGGCGUCGGCAUCAGGCAGUCGAUACUGCAGGGCUGGUGCGGAUUUGUAUUCUACCUCCCGCUGGCCGUGGCCAUCCCGCCGGCGCAGUUCAUCAUGCACCACCAGUUCAGCUACCUCUACAUGUUCUGGAUCCACACGGAGUCCAUCAAGUCGCUCGGCCCUCUGGAGUACGUCCUCAACACGCCCAGCCAUCAUAGAGUGCACCAUGGAAGCAACAAAUACUGUCUGGAUGUGAACUACGGUGGGGUUCUGAUUGUCUGGGACCGUUUGUUUGGGACUUUCAAGAAAGAAACAGAGGAAAUGGAUAUUGUCUAUGGCCUCAUCUACAACCAGCCUUCCUUCAAUCCCUUCUACUUGCAGAUAUUCUACACGGGCUACGUGGUGGAGAAGUUCCGUAGUUUCUCUAACUGGUGGGACCGCUUCCGGGCCGUGUUCUGGGGGCCCAGCUGGGAGCCCGGCACCCCCCGACUGGGGGACGAGGACCUCAAAGUUGAAGUGGAGCAUCGGCCCAAAUAUGACGUGGAGCUGCCGCGCUGGUGCGACGCGUACCUGGUGCUGCACCACGCCGUCGUCACCUUCGGCUUCUUCGAGCUGGCCGCACGGCAUAUGGCUAUGACACCGAUAUCAGUCCUGGUCUUCGUGUUCUACAUCAUGGCUUCUCUCACCAUCAUUGGAAUGCUGUUCGAUGGAAACAAGAUCGCUCCACUCUUCGAGGUCUUACGAUGCUCAGCCCUCGCCUUUCUGGCCCGGUCCAUAGCAGUUUCCAAUCCAGCUCUAAGUUCUGGACUGCAGGUGUUCUAUGUAGCCUCGGCCAUGUUCUGGGGACUGUAUAGUAUGAAGCUGCUCGAAAUCAAGAGAGGCACAAAGAUUGAUUAGUGCAGACGUUUCUAGACCGUUGCUGAAAUGUUCUGAUGAUGACAAUGAUAUUAAUGAUGCGCGAGUCCUUAAUUUUUCCUUUUAUCCGCUAUUUUUUUUUACCAUAUC